AUGUCUACCCACAGCGACGACGACGUGUGGCGUCCGCCCGCGCGCCAGCCCUCCAACGGCCAGGACCAGGCCAACGGAGGACGCAACACGAACCAAAACUCCAGUGACCCUGCAGGGCCUCCUGGAGGAUCCCGGUCACAGUCCACGCAGCCAACCUCCUCUGGCCCGGCAGGGGCCGGAGGGAAUGCCACAGCGUCCAACGCCAACGCCCAGGCCCCGACGGGGUCCGGAGGGAAUGCCACGGCGUCCGGCCCCAAGGACCCGUCUGGGAACGACGGAGGCAACCGGUACGACGACUACUACGACGACUAUGACGACUACGAGCGCGCUCCGUACAUAGUCCAGUCUCACAUGCCCAUGCCGGCGCCAUUUUCCUUCAAGGCCGAAGAUUGGGUCCGAUGGCGCAACCGCUGGCAGCGGUACGCGUCCGGCAGUGGACUCAUGGACCAGCCUGAGAAGAAAGUUGUGGACACGUUCAUCUACGCGAUGGGUGACAGAGCAGAGGACUUGAUGCUCUCCUUCAAGAUGGCCGAAGGCGAGGAGCGGCGCUACAAGCCAGUCUUGGAGCAGUUCAAUCAACAUUUCGGCGUGCGGAAGAACGUUGUGCUCGAGCGGCAACGUUUCCUGCGGCGCAAGCAGGAAUCCGGUGAGAGUGUUGAUGACUUUAUUGCUGACUUGCACCGUCUGGCCGAGACGUGCGGGUUCAAGACCAUGAAGGACGAGUUCAUCAGGGAUGCCUUGAUCAACGGCAUCAGGGACCGGCGGCUGUCGGAUUCCCUAGCCCUGGACGGGGAAAUGACUUUGACCAAGGCCGCAGCUCGCAUUCGGCAGAAGGAGGAGCUGCAGCGCAACAAAGCCGAGCAGCCCGGCGGCAGCAGGGGCGGCGGCGGCGACGUGUCCUUCAAAGGGGGUGGAAAGUCGGCGCGUCGUAACUCUGGCAAAGAGUGCGGCAAGUGCGGUCGGACGCCGCAGCACGCCUUCUCCGAGUGCCCCGCCAAGGGCACGAAGUGCAGCAACUGCAACGCUACAGGGCACUGGAGCGUCAAGUGCGACAAGAAGAAGGUCCACAAGGUGGGCGAAGACGACACCGACGACGACGAGCUGUUCGUUGGUGCCACUGCACUGUGCGAAACAGUGCGGGUGGCCGGAGUGUUCUCUGUCGGCGGCGCCGGCAGGAGCAAGAAGCGGCCGCCCUGGAUGACCAAGGUCAGCGUCGCGGGCCGCGAGCUGACCCUGCAGGUCGACAGUGGCGCGGACGUGACCGUCCUCGGCCAGAAGACGUUCGAGGAGGCCUUCCGCGGCGUCAAGCUGGAGUCCACGGCCAACCGUCUGCGAGGCCCGGACCGCCGGCGGCUGUCGGUGCUGGGCGUCAUGGCCGCCCCCGUCGAGUGGCGGGGCAGGAGCGCCACCACAGACGUCUACGUCAUCAAGGAGGACGCGGUCAACCUUCUCGGCCGGCCCGCCAUCGAGGACCUGAGGAUGCUCCGCUGGGACCCCGACGCCGUCGUGGGUGCCGCAGUCCAGGACGACCCGGGGCCGUCGCCGACCGGCGACGACUGGGUGUCCGAGUUCCCCGAGGUCUUUAAGGGGCUCGGCUGCAUCAACGAGAAGCGGCCCUACUCCGUCGUGCUCCAGAAGGACGCGGCACCGCACGCAGUGACGGCGCCCCGCCGGGUGUCGGUCCAGCUGCGUGAUGACGUCAAGGCCGAGCUGCAGCGCAUGGUCGACAUGGGCGUCAUCUCCCCGGUCGACGAGGCCACGGAGUGGUGCGCCCCGAUGGUCGUGGUCCCCAAGGCCAACGGCAGCGUGCGGAUUUGUGUGGACUACACCGAGUUGAACCGUAGCGUUCGGCGCGAGCGCUACAUGAUGCCUGCCGUGGACGAGUUGCUCGCGUUGCUGGGCAACGCCAAGUGGUUCACGAAGUUGGACGCGAACCAUGGGUACUACCAGUUGGUGCUCACCGAGGCGUCCAAGAAGCUGACGACGUUCAUCACACCGUUCGGGCGUUUCUGCUACAACAGGCUCCCGAUGGGCCUGACCUCGGCCGGGGAGCACUUCCAGAAGAGAAUCAGCGAAGUGCUGGCGGGGCUCGACGGCGUGAUUCACCUGGCUGACGACAUCCUCGUGCACGGGGACCAGCGGGGCCAGCACGACGUGCGACUCCGCGCUGUGUUCGUCAGGCUGAAGGACCAGCGCGUCACCCUCAACCGCAAGAAGUGCGAGUUCGCCACGCAGCGGACGCGCUUCUUGGGCUACAUCAUCGACGCCGGGCUGGGCAUCCUGCCUGACCCUGCCAAGGUGGAGGCCAUCGUGGGCAUGCCGCGGCCUGCCUGCGCGGGAGACGUGAACCGUUUCCUGGGCAUGGUCAACUACCAGUUGAAGUUCCUGGAGCACCUCUCCACGAUGACGCAGCCCCUGCGGGACUUGCGCCGGGAGGACGUCGAGUUCGUCUGGCUGGACGUGCACGACAAGGCUUUCCAGGCCAUCAAGGACAAGCUGGUGUCCGCUCCGGCCCUAGCGUUCUUCGACCCGAAGAAGCGCUCCAGGGUCUCCGCCGACGCUUCGAGUUUCGGGCUCGGGGCGGUGCUCGAGCAGCUGCACGAGUCCUGGGAGUACAACGGCGCCGUGCUGCGUGACAUCUGGCGCGCGGUGUACUACGCGUCGCGGACUCUCACUGACACGGAGUCCCGCUACGCCCAAAUUGAGAAGGAGGCGCUCGCGCUUACCUGGGCUUGCGAGAAGCUGGAGAUCUUCAUCAUCGGCGACUCGGACUUGGUGCUCCGCACCGACCACAAGCCCCUUCUCUCUCUGCUCGGCCAGAAGCCGCUGAGCGAGCUCACCCCCAGGCUGCAGCGACUGCGCAUGCGGCUGAUGAGGUUCACCUUCACCAUCGAGCACGUGUCGGGCAAGGCCUUCAUGGUCCCCGACACCCUCUCCAGAGCGCCCUUGCCGACGGCGGCGCCCGCCGGCGACGGGGACUUGUUGGCGGACAACGACGUCGAGCUCUACGCCAGGGCGGUCCUGGCAGACAUCCCGCUGUCCGACCCGGUGCUGCUGGCGGUCCGCGAGGCCCAGCAGAGCGACCCCCUGACCCAGACGGUGCUGCAGCAUGUCCGGGACGGGUGGCCCCACUCCAGGGACAAGGACGUCUCCGGAGAGCUGGCGCCGUUCUUCCGAGAGCGCGCCAGCCUCACCACCAUCGACGGGCUGUUGGUGUGCGGGGCGCGGGUCUACGUGCCGCGCGCCAUGCGGGCUGACGUGCUCGUCAAGCUCCACCAUGGCCACCUCGGGGAAACCAAGUGCUUGGCGCGUGCACGCGCUACAGUGUGGUGGCCAGGUAUCUCAGACGCGGUGCGUCAAACUUGUGCCCAGUGUGACAUUUGCUUGCAGCAUCGGCCCCAGCCCGUGGAGCCGCUGAUGCUGUCCAAGCUGCCCUGCCGGCCAUGGCAGCGCCUCGCUGCCGACCUGUGCCAAAGGGGCGCGGACCACUACCUGGUGAUCGUGGACUACUACUCCCGGUACCCGGAGGUCGCCAAGCUGGGCUCCCUCGGGACGACGGGGGUCGUCAACAAGAUGCGCGACGUCUUCGCCCGCCACGGCGUUCCAGAGGAGCUGCGGGCCGACAAUGGUCCUCAGUUCGCGAGCGCGGAGUUCAAGGCCUACGCCACCGAGGAGGGGUUCAAGGUAACUUUGAUGAGCCCCCACCACUCCCAGUCCAACGGCCAGGCCGAGGCGGCCGUCAAGGUGGUGAAGAGCAUCAUCAAGAAGGACUCGGACCCGUAUCGUGGGCUCCUGGCCUACCGCACGGCGCCCCUGGAGUCCGGCUACAGCCCAGCUGAGCUCUUGAUGAACCGGCGGCUGCGCACUGCUCUCCCCAUCCUGGGCGAGAACUUGCGGCCCUCCGGCGUGGACUCCGAGCGCCACCGGGCAGCUGUGGUCAAGAGGAAGGAGAGGGCGAAGGCGGACUUUGACCGGAGGCACCGCGUCAAGGAGCUGCGCCCCCUCCAGUCUGGCGAACUCGUCUGGGUCCGCGACAUGAAGGCCCCGGGCGUGGUCGUCAAGAGGCGCAGCGAGCCCCGGUCCUACGACGUGGAGUGCGAGGGCCACGGCCUGCUGCGGCGCAACCGGGCGUUCAUACAGCCCCUCUCGCGGUGUGCGGCCGACCCGGACGACGACAUCCCCUGCGAGCCCAAGGAGCAGGACGACGGGCCGCCCCCGCCGCCCCCGCAGCGGGAGCAGCCGCCUUGCGUCGUGUGCGUUGACUUGUUCAAAUACAGCAGCACAGACAAUUCUUCAGUCAAGCAGCCGGCGGGUUUAACCUUACCUGCAUACAGCAUAGCCUGGCUCAUGGAAACUAGUAAUGCUAUCACCAAGAAGUUUGAGGCUAAAAAUAAUUUAAAGUGA